AUGUCGACUUCCUCUGCUAAAAGUGAGCCGCCCAGCAUAUUUCAAAAGAAAAACAAAGAAGUUUUGAGACGAUCGCAGAAGCAACAAAAAGACGGUUCGCGAGAAGGAGCAGAGUCAGAAGACUGCCGCGAUAGAGGAUGCGCCGACGGUGCGGAAGAAGGAGAAGAAGGAGUCGUUGAAGUUCGCGAUGCGCGCGUUCGAGAAGCACGUGAAGGGUCUGCGAGCGGAUUUCAGUGCAAUGCGUCGCUUCAACGACUACACGAAGAUGAAGGCGUUCAAGGAGGCGCAGGAGGACGGCAGGAACCGCUACAAGGACGUCGGCUGCCUCGAUAACAACCGCGUGAAACUGGGAGCCCCGUGGCCGCAUCAGUACGUCCAUGCCAACUACGUCGCCGUGCCGAACAAUCCGAAGCGCUUCAUCUGCACGCAGGCGCCGCUCGAGAAGACGUGUGCCGACUUUUGGUGGAUGUGUCUGCAGGAUCGCGUCGAGACCAUCUUCAUGCUGUGCAACUACAUGGAGAAGGGCGCGAAGAAGUGCCACGAGUACUUGCCGACCGAGGAGAAGCCCGACACGUUGACGUUCAAGGAGAAGAGCCAGAAGGUGACGGUGAAGUUCGAGUCGGCCGCCGAGUUCAAGUUCUCGGAAGAGACAAAGGCCAAGGUGACAAAGACGAUUCUGACGGUCGAGGGUCCGGGCGGCGCCACCGGAAAGGUCAGCCACUACCACUGGAUCGACUGGCCCGACCGCGGAGUUCCGGAAGCCGAUGCCGCCAUUCUGGAGCUGCUCGAGGAGGCGAGGGCCACCAAGUGAGUUAUCACCAAAAAUGUAGAAAGAGGCGUGGCCUCAGCGUGCACGGUUUAUCACCAUUUAGGCGCGAAUCUCGAAAUUUAACCCCAUUUUUCAUGUUUUUCGUGAAAAAUUACCCAAAUUUUGUACGGGUUUCGACGAUGUAAUUGCAUAACUUUGUUAAACUAAUUAUCGCGCACUUUUUGAGCUUAAAACGAGCACGUUUCAUUCAGAAAUGAAUCAAUUGAAUCGAUUUUCAAGAUUUGUGCUGAAAAUGCGCGAAUUUCAGUCAUUCGCCGAUACUUUUUGCCGUUUGAACGCUUAAAAUACUUGUAUUAACGUGCUUAAUCACUUCCGACACUCACUUCGUCUCAAAACUAUCGAGAUCGGCCGGUAUUAUUGGGGCACCGGACAGAAAGGGCGCGCUGUUCGCAAUCUGGCCGAAUUUCUAGGCAUUUUCCACUGAAAAUGUGGCCUAACUUUUCAAACUCGGCCCCGAGGUCGCUCAAUUUGCACUGCAUAAAGAGUUUCUCAAUAGAGCGCCAUUUGUGUGCGGUGCCCCUAUAAUAUGAAAAUUCCGAAAUUGCGGCGGCGAUUGGCCGCGGAGGGCGUAUUGCGAAAUAUGCCAAAAACGUCUUAAACGCGGCGUUUUCACAAAAAUUUCGAUGUUUUCUCUCUUUAAUGUCUUCGUCGAUAUCAAGCACAAAAAUAUCGGAAAAGUGCUGAAAUUGCGCGGCAAUUUUCAGAAAACGCGUCUGAGACUAGGCCACGCCCCUUUCGACACUUUUUUGGUCGCCGUGAGUUAGCCGUCGAGCGUAUUUGCAUUCUCUCCUUUCAGGGGUCCGAUUGUGGUGCACUGCUCAGCCGGAAUCGGAAGGACCGGCUCGGUAGUGAUGCUCGAGUACAUGAUGGAUCAGUUGCUGAACAAUCAGGCGAUCGAGGAGAGCACGAAGAUUCUCCAAAAGAUCAGAGAUCAGCGCAACAACUCGAUUCAGACGGACCAUCAGUACUUGUUCGUGCACCAAGUCCUGCUGAAUCAGAUCCGCGCCAAGGGAUUCUUCAACAGCGACGCGAAAAAGUCGCACAAUGAUUUCACGACCGACUACAAGAAAGUGACGCAGGUUUGA